AUGACCGCAAAUAAUAAUCCAUACGCGCCAAGUCCAACUGAUUACUUGUCCAACGUUAACAGCUUUCAAUUAAUUGACUCGACGCUGAGAGAAGGUGAGCAAUUUGCUAAUGCGUUUUUUGAUACCGAAAAGAAGAUAGAGAUUGCAAAGGCUCUGGAUGACUUUGGUGUCGACUAUAUUGAGCUGACAUCCCCAGUUGCUUCUGAACAGUCUUACAAAGAUUGUAAGGCAAUCUGUAAUCUAGGGUUGAAGGCAAAAAUUCUGACCCACAUUCGUUGCCACAUGGACGAUGCCAAAGUGGCCGUUGAGACUGGUGUUGAUGGUGUUGAUGUUGUCAUCGGUACAUCCAAGUUUUUAAGGCAAUACUCUCAUGGUAAGGACAUGAACUAUAUUGCCAAGAGUGCCAUUGAGGUUAUCGAAUUUGUUAAAUCCAAAGGCAUUGAGAUCAGAUUUUCUUCUGAAGAUAGUUUCAGAAGUGACCUGGUCGAUCUGCUGAAUAUUUACAAGACUGUCGACAAGAUCGGUGUCAACAGAGUCGGUAUUGCCGACACUGUUGGUUGCGCCAACCCUAGACAAGUUUACGAAUUGGUAAGGACUUUGAAAUCUGUGGUUUCCUGUGAUAUUGAGUGCCAUUUCCAUAAUGAUACAGGGUGUGCCAUUGCAAAUGCAUACACCGCAUUGGAAGGUGGUGCUAAGUUGAUAGAUGUCAGUGUUCUGGGUAUUGGUGAAAGAAAUGGUAUUACCCCGCUAGGUGGUCUGAUGGCCAGAAUGAUUGUAGCCGCACCAGACUAUGUCAAAUCCAAGUACAAAUUGCAUAAGAUCAGAGAUAUCGAAAACCUUGUUGCAGAGGCAGUUGAGGUUAAUAUCCCUUUCAAUAACCCAAUUACUGGUUUCUGUGCUUUCACACACAAAGCUGGUAUUCACGCUAAAGCCAUUCUAGCGAACCCAUCCACAUAUGAAAUCCUGGACCCACAUGAUUUCGGUAUGAAGAGAUAUAUACAUUUUGCUAACAGGCUUACAGGUUGGAACGCCAUCAAGGCGAGAGUUGAUCAAUUGAACUUGAAUUUGACCGAUGAUCAAAUCAAGGAAGUUACCGCCAAGAUCAAGAAACUAGGUGAUGUCAGACCUCUAAAUAUUGAUGAUGUGGAUUCUAUAAUCAAGGACUUCCAUGCAGAAAUUACUACACCACAACUACGCAGUAUUAAUGGCCAAGCUAGGACCAGUGCUAUUGACCUACAAAGCUUGGACACAGUAGAAGAAAAUGAGCCAGCUCAAAAGAAAGCAAGAGUUGAUUAA